CCCCUUGAUGACAUAAACCGAGCUAGUAUGUUGUGUAACUCCUCGUUUUGUGAAGUAUGCCGGUGACCGUCGCGUCGACCCGGGAUUUGACGUUCUCUCCGCUGUCUUUAUAAAGUGGAUGACUCCACAGCGUUGCCAUGCCAACGGACGGUUCGGAGGAGCUGGUGCCAUCGGCACUGUCCAGUCCAGCUAGUGCUGCUCUAACUCCGGGAACGGUUGAGGAGGAUGGCGGGUCAUCGGGUUGCUUCCAAGGCAAUGAGGGUGCCACCGCGGUGGAAAACCUCACCGCAGGUGGAAAGAGGGCUGGAGCCUUGCUGCAAAUUGACCGCCAGCGCAUCCAAGGAGCAGCAGCCAGUUCAGGGGCUGAUGAAUUGCAAGGACUUGGGGUGGCUGUCUACGACCAGGAUGUACUUGAGCAGGGUGUCAUGCAGCAGGUGGAUGAGGCCAUCCAAGAGGCCAAUCAGGCAGCUGCUAGAAUCGAGGCGGAGAAGGAGUACGAGUCUGUUAUGGAUGAUGUCAGAUCUGUGACAAUGUCUCUGAAGCAUAUAAACAAAAUCAUUGAGCAGUUGACUCCAUACGCUUCAUCGAGUAAAGAUAUCACUCGGAAGAUCGAAUCGGUCAAGCGGCAGAAAGAAAAUAAGGAGAAACAGCUGAAGAAGGUUAAAGCUAAACAGAGGCGUCUUCAGGCCAUUCUGGGAGGAGAGAGUGCUCAAAGGUUAGAAGCUGAGCUUUUGGCAGAAGAAGAUGGAGAAGAUGCAGAGGCUGGACCAUCCACACUCGGCAGCAUGCUCAUGCCAGCCCAAGAGACGGAAUGGGAAGAACUCAUACGGACAGGUCACAUGACUCCUUUCGGCACAAGGAUCCCACAAAAAGAAGACAAGAAGGAACCUCGAAAGCUGAUGCUUGCCGAGAACUCGGCCUUCGACCAGUAUUUGGCUGAUCAGGCAAAGAUAGCUAGUGAAAGGAAGAAAGCGCCUCUGGUCAAGAAGAAACCGCGCCCUGGAAUGAGUCCCGACCGAGCAGAGACAAAGAGCAAAAAAGGGAUUUCAUCCAAGGACAGGAAAAUGCAGAAGCGCAUGAGGAAGCUACAGAUCACAGCGUUGAGGGCUCAUCCUAAAGCAAGGCCAAAGAGCGAGCCUCAGAGCCCCAAGUUUAAGAGGAAGCGCCAACAUGACGCCGAUGAAACUGACAGCGAUGGGUCUGAGUAUGUGCCCAGCGACGGAGUCUACGAUCCAGACCAGGAGCAGCAAGAAGACAUGGAAGAAGGCUUUGGAGAGGAUGAUGAAGAGGAGUAUGACCUAAAACCUUAUAGCAGAAAGAUUGAAAGGAAUGUGAAGAAGAAAGUGAAGAGAAAGCAGAGUGAGGAUGAGUACGAUCCUGAAAGUUCAGAGGAGGAAGAUGUCAAAGGGAAAGAGAAAAAGUGCAAGGACGACGGCAACAUUGAGUACUACAGACAGCGAAUAAGAAAGUGGAAGCGACAGCGUCUCCGAGAAAGAGAAGAGAGGAGGGAAAGAGGCGAGGAGCUGUCUGACGACAGUGAUGCUGAGUUUGACGAAGGCUUUAAAGUUCCUGGUUUUCUGUGGAAGAAACUUUACAAGUACCAGCAGACCGGAGUGCGCUGGAUGUGGGAGCUCCACUGUCAGCAAGCGGGAGGCAUCCUGGGAGAUGAGAUGGGAUUGGGCAAAACCAUCCAGGUCAUCAGCUUUUUAGCCGGACUGAGCUACAGCAAGCUGAGAACCAGAGGGUCCAACUACAGGUACGCUGGUCUGGGUCCAACUGUUAUUGUGUGUCCAGCUACCGUCAUGCACCAGUGGGUCAAAGAGUUCCACACUUGGUGGCCGUCUUUCAGAGUCGCAGUCCUGCAUGAGACUGGCUCCUUCGCCAGCAACAAGGAAAAGCUCAUUCCUCAGAUCGCAGCGUGUCACGGAAUCCUGAUCACCUCAUACUCAGCUGUACGGAACCUGCAAGACACGCUGCAGCGCUAUGACUGGCACUAUGUCAUACUGGAUGAAGGCCACAAGAUCAGGAACCCAAAUGCUGGCGUUACCACGGCUUGUAAGCAGUUCCGCACACCUCACAGGUUCAUCUUGUCAGGCUCACCCAUGCAAAACAACUUGAAGGAGCUGUGGUCUCUAUUUGACUUUGUCUUCCCUGGUAAACUGGGCACCUUGCCUGUCUUCAUGGAGCAGUUCUCUGUGCCCAUCACCAUGGGAGGAUACAGCAAUGCCUCACCUGUCCAGGUGCAGACGGCGUUUAAGUGCGCCUGUGUGCUGCGUGACACCAUAAAUCCUUACCUCCUCCGUCGAAUGAAGGCUGACGUCAAGGCCAACCUGGCCUUGCCUGACAAAAACGAACAGGUUCUGUUUUGCAGAUUAACUGAGGACCAACGACAAGUUUACCAGAGUUUUCUGGACUCCAAAGAAGUUUACCAAAUAUUAAACGGAGACAUGCAAGUCUUCUCAGGUCUAAUAGCUCUGCGCAAGAUCUGUAACCACCCGGAUCUUUUCUCGGGGGGUCCCCGGAUGCUGAAGGGGAUCCCAGAGGACCAACUGACGGAAGAGGAACACUUUGGCUUCUGGAAACGCUCCGGCAAACUGAUGGUGGUGGAGUCGCUCCUGCGUCUCUGGCAUAAACAGGGACACCGAGUUCUCCUCUUCACCCAGUCCCGACAAAUGUUGGACAUCCUGGAAGUGUUUGUGAGGGAGAACCACUACAGCUACAUGAAAAUGGACGGCACCACCUCCAUCGGCUCACGGCAGCCUCUCAUCGCUCGAUACAACGAGGACAAAUCCAUUUUUAUCUUCUUACUGACCACUAAAGUAGGAGGCCUGGGAGUCAACCUGACUGGAGCCAACCGAGUCAUCAUCUACGACCCAGACUGGAACCCGAGUACAGACACACAGGCUCGGGAGCGAGCGUGGAGGAUCGGUCAGAAGCAGCAAGUCACCGUCUACAGGUUGUUGACCGCAGGAACCAUUGAGGAGAAGAUCUACCACAGGCAAAUCUUCAAGCAGUUCCUGACCAAUCGAGUUCUGAAGGAUCCGAAACAGAGACGCUUCUUCAAGUCGAAUGACAUCUAUGAACUCUUCACUCUGACGGACCCUGAUGGGACCCAGGGCACUGAGACCAGCGCCAUCUUUGCAGGCACGGGCUCUGAGGUCAAAGUGCCUAAGAAGCCAGAGAGGUCGAGAGUGAGGAACACCGUGAGCCGCCAUUUACACAAACAGUCCAUGUCCAAGAUGAGUGACUCCUCAUCGAACACUGUGGCGUUCAGUGAAGGAAGUGCCUCUGUGUGCAACAAGACAUCUCCGGAACAAACGUCUUCUCUUAAAAAUGGUGCUGAAAUGGACCCAGACACUCCUGACACAGCCGGCAACAACGCUGCAGUCAGACUGAACUCACACCAGAGCAGAGAGCUGACCAGCCCGCAGAAACACCGGGAGAAGAGGAAGCACUGCGACAUGGACAAGCACAAGAGAAAGAAGCGCAGGAAAGACGCUCGCUUCGAAGGCCAUCGCAUCUCUCAUCUGGUGAAGAAGAAGACAUUCAACAAACCGGCCAGUGAGGACAACCAGCAAGAAGACCAGAAGAAGUCGGACGAUUAUGUUUUGGCCAAGCUCUUCAAGAAAUCAGGCAUCCACAGCGUGAUGCAGCACGACACCAUCAUCGAGUCGUCCAACCCCGACUACGUCCUGGUGGAAGCAGAGGCCAACAGAGUGGCGAGGGAGGCCAUGAAAGCUCUGAAGGUGUCACGCCAGCAGUGCCGGGUGGCCUUCAACAGACCUGCACCGCCUCCUGCGAAAAAACGGUUUGGACUCAAGAAGAACUCUCUCUUGGCUGGACCCUCUGCUGAGACUCCUGCCCCUCCAGACAAAUGCAAGGAUGCUGCUAUCGUCAGGAAGUCAAAGAAGCCAGGUUCUGCUGCUCUCUUCAGUGGAGAGGCAGAGAACGAGUCAGCCCCCCUCUCCUCGUCCUCCCUGUUGGCUAAAAUCAAAGCCCGGAACAGUGUCCACGUGCCACCGAGCCAGAGGGAGGAAGCAGACGAAGAAGGCUCCGGCUCCACACCCGCGGCCAUGACGGAGCACGACGAGCUGCUGGCUGACCUACGGAACUUUGUGGCCUUCCAGGCCCACAUGGACGGUCAGGCCAGCACUCACGAGAUCCUGGAAUACUUCAAGCCCAGACUGACGCAGAAGCAGGCGCCGGUCUUCCGAGAGCUGCUCCGGAGCAUCUGUGACUUUCACCGAACUAACGGUCAGGAGGGGAUCUGGAGACUGAAGGAGGGCUUCCGUUGAGGGCGGUCGGACUGGAUUGCACUUCUCAAAACUUGAAUCUCAAUGCUUCCUAUGAGGUCACAUGAUCACAACGUAUGUAUGUGCAGCUGACCAAUCAGAUUUCCGUUAAUAUUCCUCAGCUUCUAAAAUCAAGAUCAUUCACUAAAAAACCUCAAAGCAUCUGCGUAUCUCAAAAGAUUCCUGACUCCGCUGGAUCUGAAAUGGUCCUGUGUGUCACUCUUCAGGGUCACGAUCACACACACACACACGCUGAAGUCGGGUAAAACAGAGGAGGAGACGCACACAGGCUCGACAAGCUGUAAUAGAUCAUGUGGCGGCGGCAGUAACAUCUACCUCACCGUUCUGGUUCUGACUCUGAACAACCUCUAAAUCUGCCAAAACUGGAGCUCUGACAGAGGCCAAACAAAAGGAGGCUUCUGAAAGGAAACCAGUGCAAUACAUGGUUCUACAAAGCAGACACACAACUGACUUCUCUUCUGCGCUGUGGCAGGUUUCCGUUACUUGAAUGUGAAUAUCUUUUCUCCCAAACUGUAAGACGUGUCAUUAUGAGUGUCAUUUGUGUCUUCAUGUGCCAGAUUUUUCAGUGUAAUAUUCCACUGUGAAAUAAACCAUUUGAAAUGU